AUUACCCAGAGCUUGAUUCAGUCAGCUUCGACCGCCCAUGGCAUUUCAGAUCAGUACAAACUGGAACAGAUAGGAGCAGUCGGCUGAUUAUCCUUCGCCUCUCCUAUCCCACACGGUCUCUGCUUCUCCCCUCUCGGGUCCGGGCGGGCGGCGGCAUCCCCCUUAGCUUAAUUUCUCUCAGGUCUCGCCGGGAUUCGCUGGCCACCGCAUUGCCGUCCUUGCUUCAAGCAGUCGCCUGAAGAAGCUCCGCCUGUCUCCGAGCGGAGGCAGCCCGAGGAUCCUUUCUCCUCUUUCGCCCUCACAGACUUUGGACCGGGAGCCUCCCUGUUCUGGCCUGCGGCAGGGUCUGACUAUUGGAGGCAGCAGCUGUAAAGAUUUGGAGAGCUGGGGGGACAAUCUGAGAUGGAGUUUGCGGUCUCCGACGAGCUGCUCGGCACAUUCGUGCCCAUUGCGGUGUACUGGCUCUACUCGGGGAUGUACAUCCUUCUUGACAGAAUGGAGAUGGAGAACUACCGGCUCCACCCCAAGGGGGAGGAGGAGACCAAGAACAUCGUCUCCAAGUCGACGGUCGUCAAGGGCGUCCUCGUACAGCAGGGCUUCCAAAUCGCCGUCUCGCUUCUCCUCUUCACGAUCAUUGGUGAUGACAAUGGUACCGUGAGAAAGCAACCUCCAGCCCUGGUGAUAGCACUGCAAUUUCUCAUUGCAAUGGUUGUUAUGGACACAUGGCAGUACUUCAUGCACAGAUACAUGCACAUCAACAAGUUCUUGUACAAGCAUAUCCACUCGAAACACCACACUCUCGUGGUUCCGUUUGCAUUUGGGGCUCUGUACAACCACCCCCUUGAGGGCCUCAUUCUGGACACAAUCGGUGGUGCCCUCUCUUUCCUCGUCGCUGGAAUGACUCCUAGGACGGCCAUAUUCUUCUUCUCAUUCGCAACCAUCAAGACAGUUGAUGAUCACUGCGGCCUAUGGCUUCCUGGGAACAUCCUUCAUGCCUUGUUCAGCAACAACAGCGCUUACCAUGACAUUCACCACCAGCUCUACGGCAACAAGUACAACUUCUCGCAGCCGUUUUUCGUCAUGUGGGACAAGAUCCUCGGGACUUACAUGCCAUACACUCUAGAGGAACGCAAGGGAGGAGGGUUCGAGGCGCGCCCUGUUAAUCUCAGCCUAGCAGCACAGAGCAAGUCUGACUAAGCAAUUUGUUUUCUCUUGAGGUUCACUUCCCUAGUGAACAAUGCUCGUGUUGUGACACUCUCUGAUCUUUCUAACUACAUUUGUGUUGUAGAAUUCUUUUCCUGUCCAUAUAGAUAACAGUAUUUUGUGGGGAUGCCAUAAUGUACCAAGGUAUAGCAAAUAAAACAUUGUAUGGAAGAUGAUCCAUUCUGAUUAAUUUGUUUGUUCCCGCUGGCUUGUGCCUGGGCCUACAUGC